GGAGCGCAGGGAGCGGACGGGAGCGGGCCGGGAGCAGCGGCGAGAUCGGGGUCAGGAUGAGGGUGCGCAGGCUGUGGGUGCUGGUGCUGCUGCUCGGGCUGGCUCACAUCGCCCUCCUGGCGCGGGGCGCGGCGGCCCAGGAGGAGGAGGACGGAGACGGAGAAUCUGUUACAAAAGAAGCCGAUGAUGACAGUGAUGAUGAUGAUGAUGAUGAAGAUGAUGAUGAAGAUGAUGAUGAUUCUGUAGUUAAAGAAGAAAAUGGUGUAUUAGUCUUGAAUGAUGCAAACUUUGACACCUUUACUGCGGACAAGGAUACUGUGCUGCUGGAGUUCUACGCACCAUGGUGUGGGCAUUGCAAGCAGUUUGCUCCUGAGUAUGAAAAGAUAGCCAAAACUCUGAAGGAAAAUGACCCUCCUAUUCCUGUUGCCAAAAUAGAUGCUACUGCAGCCACUUCACUAGCAAGUCGUUUUGACGUCAGUGGCUACCCAACCAUCAAAAUCCUGAAAAAAGGCCAGCCUGUUGACUAUGACGGUUCUAGGACGGAAGAUGCAAUUGUGGCCAAAGUGAAGGAGGUCUCUGACCCCAGUUGGACCCCUCCACCCGAAGCUACUCUGGUAUUGACCCAGGAUAAUUUUGACGAUGUCGUGAAUGGUGCUGACAUAAUCCUGGUGGAGUUCUAUGCUCCAUGGUGUGGACACUGCAAAAGGCUUGCUCCAGAAUACGAGAAGGCUGCUAAGGAGCUCAGCAAGCGCACGCCUCCAAUUCCCUUAGCUAAGGUUGAUGCCACUGCUGAAACUGAGCUUGCAAAGAAGUUUGAUGUUACUGGCUACCCAACUCUCAAAAUCUUCCGCAAGGGCAAACCUUAUGACUACAGUGGGCCACGGGAAAAAUAUGGUAUUGUCGACUACAUGAUUGAACAGGCUGGUCCUCCAUCCAAACAGAUUCAGGCUACCAAGCAGGUACAGGAAUUUCUGAGGGAUGGGGAUGAUGUCAUCAUCAUUGGUGUCUUUAGUGGAGAGAAUGACAAAGCCUAUCAGCUCUAUCAGGAAGCAGCUAACGGUUUGAGAGAAGAUUAUAAGUUUCAUCACACCUUCAGCAACGAGAUUGCAAAACUACUGAAAGCAUCUCCAGGAAAACUAGUUGUCAUGCAGCCAGAAAAAUUUCAGUCAAAGCAUGAGCCCAAGAUGCACAUUCUGAAUCUUAAAGAUUCUACAGAUGGGUCAGAGAUUAAAGAGCAUGUGCUAAAACAUGCUUUGCCUCUAGUUGGUCAUCGGAAGCCUUCCAACGAUGCUAAGAGAUAUGCUAAGCGUCCUCUAGUGGUGGUCUAUUAUUCUGUGGACUUCAGUUUUGACUACCGAGUUGCUACCCAGUACUGGAGAGGCAAAGUCCUGGAAGUGGCCAAAGACUUUCCUGAAUAUGUGUUUGCUGUUUCUGAUGAGGAGGAUUAUUCUUCUGAAAUAAAAGAUUUGGGCCUGCUUGAGAGCGGAGAGGACGUCAACGUUGCCAUUCUGGAUGAAGGUGGCAAGAAAUAUGCCAUGGAGCCAGAAGAGUUUGACUCUGAUGUACUCAGACAGUUUGUGCUGGCAUUCAAAAAAGGAAAACUGAAGCCAAUUGUGAAGUCCCAGCCAGUGCCAAAAAAUAACAAAGGGCCUGUGAAAGUGGUAGUGGGUAAAACUUUUGAUACCAUAGUAAUGGAUCCAAAGAAUGAUGUUCUCAUAGAGUUCUAUGCCCCAUGGUGUGGACACUGCAAGAAACUUGAACCAGUGUAUACAGAGCUAGGCAAAAAAUACAAGAAUGAGAAAAAUCUAGUUAUAGCCAAGAUGGAUGCUACUGCCAACGACGUGACAAACGACCACUACAAAGUGGAAGGAUUCCCCACCAUCUACUUUGCUCCGAGGGACAAGAAGAACAACCCUAUUAAAUUUGAAGGCGGGGACAGAGAUUUAGAGCAUUUGAGCAAAUUUAUAGAGGAGCAUGCAACAAAACUCUCCAGAACAAAAGAAGAGCUUUAGAUAAGUUGAGGGUGGUGAAGAAAAAUUGUUUGUACGUUGUAGUUAAAAUCAAGUUACUGACAAAACUUCGUGAGAGAAGAGUUAAGCAGUUUGAGCAAAGAGAUUCUUGAGCAGUAAAGUAAUUGCAGUAUCUUUUUUUUUAUAUAUGGCAGAAGAGUUUUUUUCUGGACACUGAACUUAAUACUCUAAUAUGAAUGUCUUGUCUUAGUUAUGGUUUUGAUCUUUGGAGAAAAAUACAUCCUUUAUUUUUUGUGACUAUCUUGAGCUUUAUUCUUUGACUCAAAUGCAGCUGUUUUUAAGUUAAAAAAUACUACCAAAAAGAGAGAAGCAGAUUCCUCAGCCAAACAGAUUUCUUUGUCUUAUUUGUUGUUAGGGUUACUGGGGUGAGCAGUCUUUUCAGCCAGUCUUUUUUGUUAUGUUUCUGUAUACCUCUUCUUUUGACUAUAUCACUGUAUUCAUUGAGGAGGAUAAGAAUGGAGGUUUUCUAAAGUGUGGAUGAAUUAUUUGGUCCUAUUGAGAUAAGACACAGUGACUUGCUAGCCAAAUAUGCCUGUCUGUUUUAGCUUUUUACCUCUCUGUAGAGAGGGUGAUGCUAAAAUAGAAAGUUUUUCUAAUUUACUUCACUUCAGUAGUCCAUAUUGACCCAUUUAUAUCUUAGUCUUCCUAAAUAUGUUUUGGAGUAAUUGGAGUGUGGCAGAAAGAGCAUUUAGUGGGUGGAAGUGCUUGGAUUCUGGUAUCAGACCUGUGUGUUACUGUCUCCUUUCCUUUUGCAGAGAGGAAAGUUUGAUAGUGAUUCUUCUUUAGAGAAGGAGACUGAGACUUUCUGAUGGCCUUUAUUCCUGUAGCAAGUACUGCAGGUACAAAAGAUGAUCACAUAUUCUCUGUGCUCCUCUUGGGAUAUAUGCAUUAAAAAGUGGGGUUUUAUCUUGAAUGUCCCACUUUAGGUAUGUCCAUAACUUUAUGGGCUGUGUUGAGGGCACAGACUUACAUACUCUAGAAGCACUGUCUGACUCUUCUCAGAGCUGUGUUGCUGCAGUGGGUGCGACUUGGGAGUCACUGAGGCAGUCUGGAUACAUAUUUCAUUUUAGAGGUAGUGCUACUCCAGCAGCACUGCUUUAUGCCUUGUGAAGUAUCAUCAGUCUUCCUUCAGUAAUUGCUUGUUUCGUUAAUUUUUAGCUUUUGAAGGUCUAAAACCACCACCUGAUCAUUCUUUACUUCUGGGGAGAUUAAAGAAUCCUUCUGUGUUGCAAGGAUAAAACCAUGUCCAGGAGGUGGCUGUUAAGGUAUUGUCUGAGUACCCAAAAGACCCUGGAAGGGGGUAUGCAGUCCUUGUCUUUUCCUACUGCACUUUGCAUCCCUGAUGAAGGGACCUUCCCUGUUGCCUUAACAGGGGACUGUUCUCCAAUGACUGUUAACAACCCACACAGCAGAGUGUGACUAUCAAUUAUUCUUGAAGAGGUAUGUGGGACUGCAUGAAGGCUUUCCCUUCAUUAAUUGUUUAGCUGAAGCUAGUAAACAAAGCUCACCAGCGAAUGAUGAAUGAGGGGGACAGUAUCAAAUCUCCAGAGAGUAUUGCAGUGUGCCUGAGUGCUAUUCAGCUCCUGUUGUUUAUCAGCAAAAGCUGAGAAGCUAAGCAAGCAAGUGUUAGAGCAGUGUAAUCAUUCACUUCAGGCCCUGGCAUUGUAAAUCUCCUCUUUUCACAUUAGAGGGCUUUUUUUUCUCUACUGUACUUAAAUGUACAGGUGUCUGUUAAGCUUAGGCAGUAUUUCACCUACAAGAUCCUUACCAAGUGCACUGUCUUCCCAACGAUUGCCCGUUUCUGUUUGCAGCUUUUCUGUAGAGCCUCCAAAGGCCAUAAUCUGUGAUAAAUGUGUUGUGCAGGCAACAGGAGGGAGAUCAGACUUACCUGAGCACCAGAGGUGAUUUUUUUCUGCUUUAGACAAGUAGCAAGGUCUUGUCUUCCAGUGAUAUCAACUCAGUUCUUCAAAGAAGUUGUCACAGGCUUUUCAGAUUGGUUCUUAAAACAUAGUUCAGGUUGUAUCCUUAAGCAAAUACCUCACAAAAUGCUGCAGCAAACUAAACUGCUCCUGCUUGUAAGUUAGUUGCAGACUUUCAGGGGUUUAUUCUAAAAUAGAUGCUACUUAAUCACCAGGAGGAUAUGGAUAAAUAUGGAGCAUGUAGAAGGGAGAGUGAAAAGUCCUUUAUUGAUGGUGAAGACUACAAUCAGGGCUGAAACUCCAUUCUUCUUGAGUUAAAGUUGAUCAUGACAGUUUCUUAUGUCUCUUCUUGUAGGUGGUAAAUUAUAAACACUGUCAUUGCCAAUGCUGUACUCUUUCUGUAAACUUCUUCCUCCCAGCAGGAGCUGACACUACUCUGUGUUGAAACCAACCUCUCCAGCCUGCUGGGAGGCCUUGUGGCAAUAAAAGGCUCAGGGCCCAGGGGAGUGUCCAAGGUGUGCUUGCUCAGUGCUCCUGACACCUCACUGUUUCUUGCCUUCACAGGUGGAGGCAACCUGGUACAUACAGAGUUACUUCAGGACUGUGCUCAAAAACCUGAAUUUUGUUCUGGAGCACCAGUGCUUAAGUCAGAGCUAAAUAAGGAAGAGGAAUACACUAGCUGCAGUGUUGCUUACAGUUUCUUGACAGCCAUAGGUGCAAAAGCAAGCAGUGUUACCCCAAAUAGGUUAUGGGUUUAGGUUAUGAGCAGAAGAGAGAAUGAGGACUUGUUCCAUCCUUACACUAGUGUCACCUGGCCACAUUUACUGUGAGUCCUUGACUUUGCCACACACCUUGGCAUCUGCAUGUCAUAAUAAAUAUAUUUAUCACUUCCCAGCAAGGUGAGGACGCUGUUGCCUCUCAGCUUUGGGCAGAGUCAUACUGGGAGGGAAGCGAACUGCUUUCCUUAGUUCCCAUAUCCUACCCCUUGCUGUCUGUGCUAUCCACAUCACAUGAACUUUCUGUGAAACUCACUGGGAUGGCUACAUCAUAAGGACUGUUUUCUCUGUAGAUAAAGUGAUAUUGAUGUGAUUGAUGCCUUCUAAGGAGAAGAGCUCAUACCAUCUUUCAGAAUUUGUUAAAUGCAUUAUGCAUGUCUGCUUUUCCCUUCCUGGUGCAUUAGGAUGCUUUUCUAAACAUCCUAAAUUCUUUAAUUAAGAAGUUGCCUGAGUGCUACUGAUUAGCCCUUCUACUGAUUAGGUUUUCCCUUCUUAUAGAAGAAAAAUAAAAGUGCGUGUAGUGCAGAAUAAUAAGAGAGCUCCCCUCACUUACUCUUAGUCACGGCUGCAUAAGCAUAUGGCAUCAUUUCUGAUUAUGAUUCCAGGUGGAAGAAAUCCUGCAGUUCAUGCAGAACUGAUUUGUAUAAUACUAACAGUUCCUGGAUAGGCUCAAAGGAGCCUGGCCUGGCAUAAAUAUCUCCUAUACAUGCAUCCUCUAGAAAACAAAUUUAUUUCUAUAAACUCUAGUACAGCAGUAGUCAGACUUGAGACUUCUUUGGGGCCAGUUCCUUUCCCUGAAGGGUCAAGAACUAAGGUAAGCAGCAACUGUAGCAGAGCUGGUGCUCCUUGAGGAGUGAGUUUGUCUGUACUGUCUUUGGGACAGUAAAUAUGACCUGGGAUCCCGAUACUGCAUCAAUUGCUAGCUUUUUUGAUACUGGAGGAGAUUUGUUAGCAGUAGACGGUUUGCAAUCAAGUUAUUACUUAGUUUCUACUCUAAGAAAUUUUAUACUUCAAAACUGUGAAUUAUAAUGAUGCCUGGGUAUGACCUAAGAUUGUCUGGUACCAAGCAAGCAAGGCACUGCAGGGCUGGAAACUACUUCACAAAGCUGAUCUGUUCUUUUGUACAUGAGGCUAUGUGUUGAGGAAAUGGGCUUCUGAAAAGCAGAACAUGAAUAAAUGAUAAAGGUUAAAGGCUUCUCUGGAAAGUAGCAUUAACUGUAGCGGUCAGACUGGUAUCCUUUCUUUUCUGGUAGGCAAGAGAAGUCACUGGAAGCUGUCCAUGCUCCAAAAGGCUUCUUGAUCACAGCCUUCAUUAGUAAUGGACUGGUCAGAGGGUUGAGUGUUGCAGUCUGCAUGCUCAGCCCUUGGUGUGGGGUAACGGUAUGCCAAGCCCUGUGCAAACAAGUGUGUAAUCCACUUAGUCAAACUGGUAUGGACCCUUGUAUCUGUUAUGCAAUAUGGCUUUGGUUUGCUGUACUUAAGUUGCAAAACUCCCUUUUUCGAUGCAGAUCAGGGAUCUAUGAGCAAGCCUAGCCAAAGUCUCUGAAAUGCUACCGCAUCUUGGCUCAGUUGUCAAGUGUUUUUGAGACUUCAGCUAGUGGUGCUGCACAGCGUGAAGUGAGGUGUUGCAGGAAUUGCUGCACAUCACAGCAGUGCAUUUGUCAGGGGAGGGCUCUCAAUGACCAACUACAAAGGGCUCCCCUUCUUUUCCUGCCUGGAUCCAUGGUAGGUCACAUGAAGCCAUGCAGCCAUGGGCUGGAGAAAUGUUGUUCUGCCAUGCGUGAACUAUUUUGAUACCUGCCCAGAAUCCCGCUCGUAAGUCAGCUUGUUCUCUUUCAACAUCUUUGGAGGUUGCUGUGCACCGAAGCUGGUUCCUUUAGACACGCUCUGCAUGCUCUCAGGCCACAGACUGAUAUCAUGCUAGUGCUGGAUUUUCUGUGAGAGCAGCUGGUUUUAUAUGAAGCCACUGUGCUGUAAUCUGAUCCUCUGCACCGUUCCCAAGUGUGUGGACAAGCUCUGUAUGUACCAUGAAAACUAAAUUAUCAUGUCUUUCCAGAGGCUGGGUGAGACUGCUUGGGUCUGAAAGGACGUUACUCUUCUCCAGUUUCAUUUUUUUUCAUCUAGAGAGGAAGAGAUCUGCUCUGUGAAUUACUCUGAAUCCUUACAUUAGAAAGGUGGAAGUUUCAGUUUCAGAAAUGCUGUUCAAAUCCCAAGCUGUGUGUGGCUUGGUAAAGAUAAAGGAGAUAAAGCUAUUUUUAGUGCAAAUAAAACCCUUAUCACAAUCAGUAACCCAAUCCUCUGAAGGAUUUCCAUAUGCUGGGAUUUUGAACAGCCAGUUGUUUCUUCAUAGUGAAAGCUGACACUUAUCAACCUGCUCUCAAUUAAUGCCUUGCUGCUUGCCUUUGUCAAAGUUACAGUGGCCUUCCUGAAAUUCAGUGUGUUUUGCUUUACAAUAGGAAAGAAUUGUUCUUCAGUACAGCCUGGUAAAAUGCUGCUCAGAAUGAUAAAAGCAGGGUAAAGGAAAAUACUGCAGAAGGUGGUCUCAGGGGAAGAAAAAAAAAAAGUAAAUGGUAACUCAAUUUCAAUUUGAGUCAAUGAAGUCAGAGAAAUCAAGGCUAGACAGGACCAUUUACUCAGCUAAUCUGACUGGUUUACAGAUCAGACCCCAAGUUCUCAGCUGUUUGCUUUCCUUAGUCAGCCUAAUAACUUGCAUUUAAGC